CGUUGAAUGGAGCUCAACUUGUUUAAACCCCUACGGGCCCCAGGAUAGGAAGAGACCGCGAGAAAAGGGUCCCGGGUCUCCGGCUAGCAACGAUGGCGGCGGGAGCAGAGGGAAUAACCCUCCUUUCCUUGUAUGGGGAUGACGAGGAGGAUGAAGAAGCUUUCGACGCACCGUCGGCAGGUGGCGGCGCUGGCGAAGAAGCGAACGAGAUAUCGAGUGAUGAAAACAUCAGAAGCGGCCGCCUGCCGUUUCCAGUUCGCGAUAAUACCCCAUUACUUACCCCUACUUCUCUGACUUGUGCUAAGGGCGGCGUCAAUUCCAAAACACCAAUGAAUCCCUUGCCGCUGCCGAUUCUUUCGUUGCAGCAGCGGUUUUCUAGAUCCCAGCCAUCUUCUCUUGUUAGCUCGGUUUCUCUCUCACCUCCCUCGGCUCCUGUCCCUCCUUUUUCAACGCAGGAGCCUGUGGUUAGUCGGAGAGUGAGUCGAGGUGCACUAACUAUAGUGGAUUACGCCCAUGAUGAGGCCGCUAUGUCUCCUGAAAUCGAGGAGGAAGAGAUAGAUGAGGGUUGUUAUAUUGCUAUUGGGACGGAGCUUCAAGGUCCAGAUGGGCACUCUGGCAGAACAGUACCAGUAACUUCUCAGACACUUGCGCCAAACAGUCAAAAUGAAUGCCUUCAACCAGCAGUUGUGCCUGAGCUUUUCAAGAUUAAGUCUCGUUUGGCUAUGGAUUUCACUGAAAUUGAACGAGGAUUGGGUGAGGCUGAGAUUUCUGCUUCUAUUUCAUCAGAUUUGCAAAAAGAUGAUCCAUUGAAGAAGUUCCUUCCUCCAGCAAUAACCAUGAAUUGUUCGGAAGAGCUUCAGGAAAAGAUAAACAAAUUUCUUUCUUAUAAAAGGGCUGGGAAAAGCUUCAAUGCAGAUUUGCGUAAAAAGAAGGAUUAUCGAAAUCCAGAUUUUCUUCAGCACGCUGUCAGAUAUCAAGACAUCGAACAGAUUGGUAGUUGCUUUGGCACAGAAGUCUUUGACCCACAAGGAUAUGACAAAAGUGACUUCUAUGAUCAAAUAGAGGCUGAUAUGAAACGUGAGAUGGAGAGGAAGGCUCAAGAGAGGAAAAGAAGUCAAAAAAUUGAUUUUGUUUCUGGAGGCAUACAAUCUGGGGAAGCAGCUUCUGCAUUAAAGAUGAAUGAGAAGAUUUCAGUUGUGGGGGUUUCAAGCGGUGCCAAUAAUGAGCUGCAGCCAAUUUCAACAACUGUGGAUGCAGUAAGGGACAGCAGGUUCAAUAGGAAAUCAAAAUGGGACAACGUAUGCUCUAGCUAGCUCUUAAGAUUCAAUUUAAAGUUCCAAAAUAUUAAAACGGGUGAAAGAAAUUUUUACUAGAAGAAAAUAUCUAGUAUCUUUAGGCUGAAUGUAAUGUUGAACUUCCAUUGCCUUCUAGAGCACAUGAAAAUCUACUUUCAAGUCAGCAUGCAUGGAACCUAUUUAUCUGCUUUAGUGCUGGUGGUGGAUAUAUAGUUUUUUUGUAUUAGUUUCUUUUGACAUGCCACUUUGUGCAUUAAUGAGUCUAACUCUACUACAACCUUUUUUU